AUGGAAGUGCUUACAAAAUCGCCUGCUGAGCAGAUCGUUAUUCAAAAAGGGAAAGCUGGAGAAAGCUGCAGCCAAAUGAUGAAGCACCAUUCUCAAGAGCCAUCAACAUCCUCCUCCAAAGAAUCAAAAUAUGUGGAGAUUUAUGAUUUUCCUGGAGGGAGGGGAAAGAGUCCCCAAACUGUAAAACUGACUCUGGCAGGGAAUGGAAGUAAAGUGGCCUUUAUCAGACCUAAAAAUGGACCGUGCGAGAUCAGUGAGGUUAACAGAUUGGCUAACAAUAUGCUGGCAGGCAGAUCUGCAGAUCAAGAAUCCCAGGAUUAUAAAUCUAAAAUGGAAGGCACUCCUUCACCCAUGGGGAUGAAAGCUGAUGAGGCAGGGGGAACCAUCAUUGGCACCAACUCAGAAGGGUCUGAGCAUACUUUGUCUCCUAGUAUCUCAAACAUUCAGCUUUACACAAAUGGCUGCACUGAAUCAUCCUCAUCCUCUUGUCCUUCACCAGUACAAAAGACAGCCAGCUUUCCAAAAAUGGAUGACUUGGGAACAGGGGGGAAAACCUCCUCUUCCUCAUUUGGAUAUGACAGUGAUGAAGAUGAUGAUGCAGACUGCAAGGCAAUCUGUCUGAGUAACCAGAGAGGAGGAUGCAGGCAUGUUUCACAACUACUGCAGUCACAAAAGAGCUACACCAGUGAAAAUAACAUUAACAAUAAUGAUGAAGCACAUUAUAUUACAACCCAUGAAAUCCAACUCAGCGAAGUGGACCAUGACAUGGAUUUUGACUACGGAUUAGCUUCUCGGUGGGACUUUGAGGAUAACAAUGUGAUAUAUUCCUUUGUGGAUUAUGCUUCUUUUGGGAGUGAAGAGACUCUUGCCGACACACAGACAGAAGAGGACAAUAGCUGUUAUCUCAGCACAACCACUAGUGAUCCCAAUAAUCAAACAGACAGUAUUGAUAAUACCAGCAGCACAGAGAUAGUCAGCAUUAAUUCUGAAAAUGAUACCCCUAGUACAGACAAAUGCGCCAGCUCGGAAGAAAGUCAGUCCAAGAACCUCAGCAACAUGAGUGAGAAUUCUGCAGGCCAGAUACUCCUAUCAAUCAAACCAACUUCCAGGGCUAUAAAUGAGCCUAGCAACCAGCACGAAAAGCAAAACAUUAUUUAUGCUGCCAAGCAUGAAGGCGACAUGAGCCUCUGUGUCUCCACAUCUCAUGAACGAAAUUCAAAUUUAAAACAAGAUGUGUUCCAUGACUAUCCAAAAAAAUUUAUUGCAGUUCCUGCACGUUUGCAAACAAAAUGUGGAGCCAUAAGAGCAAGAGAAUUAGGAGGCUAUUCAAGUGGUGCCUCUAGUGUGGUAAGUGAGUUGGAUGAUGCAGAUAAAGAAGUAAGAAGCCUGACAGCAAGGGCAUUCCGGAGCUUAGCUUAUCCCUACUUUGAUACCCUGAACUUGAGCUCCAGUGAGUCUUCCACAUCUCUUUCGGAUCACAACCUAGGAAUCAACCGAUGGUCAACGUAUUUGGAUUUAAAAUGUGGCAGCCUUGGGCAGAAAGCAGAGCAGAAUCUUUUCAAAAGCAGCACUGCAUCCACUGGAUGGAACAGAAGCACUGGGACAAAGGCAUCCAAUGACCAGUUCUACAUCCACUCCAAUAAGUCACAGACUAAAGCAUUAGAGUUUGUUGUCAGCAAACUUGAUGGAGAAAUAACGCAUGUGGAAACACCAGCUUGCUUUGAAAAACGGAUCCAAUCAGGCUCUCGGGUUGUUACUUUGUUGGAGACUUUGAAUUUCAGCAGCAAUAUUAAUACGGGUAUCCCCAGACCUGCUAAACCUUCUGAAAAUGCUGCUGUUGGAUCAAGUUGCGCAGAUGAAAUUACGGAGACAUUGCCAAAGGAGCUGGGCAAUGAAGCUUGCAAACAAACUGGACUGGCUGCAGAAACCAUGGAAGGCACACAGAAGAAAUCAAAAUUUGCAUCUAGUCUCCUCAAAAAUGUUAUCUCAAAGAAGAUGCAAUUGGAGCAUGAGUUCAAAAUGGAAAGGGGAGAGAUCACCGACACCACACAUUCUGGUAUGUCCAAUUCCUUAUCUUCUAAAGAGGUAGAUAGCACCUCCAAAGAGAAGGUAAGGGAUGGGGGUUUGCAGAGACAGAAUUCUAGAUAUUCAGAAGGCAGUUCUGAUUACACUAUUGUAACAACAGAUGAUUUAGGGGAGGUUUUGGAUAACAAAUCACCUACUUCCAAGCCAUCUACUCCCCGGGAGGGACAUAUUAGUUUGAAUCGAUCCCUUUCUGAAACAUUUUUAGAAGAGGCAUGUAAAAUAAAAAAGAGUGCUUCUGAGACACUCAAGGCAACUUUUCUCCGUAGCCAGAAUAGUGCAUUUAGAACAUGGAAAGAAAAAGAUGCAGAGAAAAAGGAGGAAAAAGUUCCAGUAGGAAAACUGAAAUUUUUGUCCAAAGGUGACUGGAAGGCAGAUUUGGGAGAAAUCUCAGCCAGCAAAUCAACUAAAAUGUCUCGUCUCUUUGUCCCAAAUAUUCAACAAACAACCAAAGAAAAACAAUCCAACACACAGGUGACAAAAUAUUCUACAGCGACCUGUGCAGCAGCUCAGACAGCAAUUGCCACCACAAUGAUAAAGCCCAAACCUCCUGAAAUUAAGAUCAGCUUGGGCAGUGUACAGCAGAACAAAGAUCACCCUUUCAAUAUUGCUAAGCUUCUCACACCAAAGAUAGCUGGAAGUGUCCCAAACUUUUUCAAGACAAUUGAGGACACCAGAAGUUCCCUUCAAAAAUCUUCCAAAGGGGAAGCUGUGGAUAAAGUGCCUCAAUUUUUGGUACGUGAUGUAAGAGAAAAUAAAUCUAAGGUCCAAGGACCCAUCCAUCAGGUAAGAGAUGUCAGGAAACUGAUCAAGAGCAACUACAGCCAUGAGUCAGGAGAUAACAGUGACAGAGGCAGUGUCAACUCUGAUCAGGGAAUAUCUGAACAGAAACCCAAGCAGCUGGUGACAGCAGGUAUUCCCAGGUCUCUAUCUCCUGUGGUGAUAACCUGUCAGGCAGUAAGCAACAGCAAAGAGGACAAGAAGGCCAGCAAGACUCCUGAGAUGGGUGCAAAAGCAAGCAGCACAGGCAAGAUGUUGCCUUCCAACCAAGAGGGAACAAUUCUGGUGCAUAGAACCUCAGGGAGACUGCCUGUGGCUACCAUAGCUCCUAACAAAAGUGACCCUCACCAGCCUGCUGUGCUGAAGAUAGUUUCCAAAACAUCUGUGCCCUGGAGACAGCAUGCACAACCACCACCACAACCUCAGCCAACGAUGGAGAAAAGCAAAGAAGAACCUCCACGGGAAGAGGUGAGCAAGGCACCAUUCACAGUGAACCAUCAGGCACUGCAGAAACUUACUGCAGCCGUCAGAAGCAUGGAGGAGCUCUACAGCUUCAAUAAGAAUGAGUGGAAGCGCAAGAGUGACCCACUACCCAUAACCGAUAGCCAUGUCCUAUCCCUCAUUGCCAGUGAAGAACGAACCAUGACCAAUACCAGGGAAGAGUCAGGGUUAGGUGUAAAGACUGAGGAACAGGACGAAGAUCAGAGUGUGGAAUUAACAUCAUGUCCCAGCAGUUUUGCCAACAGCAAGCCUGCUGCAGAGCGCCAACCCCACAGCAGGGUUGCCAAUCCAACCAAGAACAUAGAGAAGGUCUCAGCCAAGACAGCUGCCUUUGAGAGUUUGGCACUGGCUAGAGAGCAGCAGCGAGGCCCAGGUUUCCGAGGAGAGUCAUCAGCACUUACGGCAGCAACUGCAGAGAAGGGCAGAGCCCCUGUGGUCCCCCGAGGUACAUUCACCUUUAACACCCAGGCCCAGAAGGCCAAGCAGCAACUUCCAGAGCCUUCACCACCAAGAGGCCUCAAAGGCCAGGCGAAGCCUCGCUCCAUCAAACUCUUCGGGCACAGGCAGGGCUGCCUUGCCGAGCAUGACAAGGGGUCCAAACCGGUGGCUCCUGACUGUGGAAACUAUUUGGCCAUCCCUCUCAAAGUGUCGUCGGUGGAGCAGCCGGGGACGGCCACGUUUGGAGACGGAGGCCGCCGCCAAGGCCUAGUUUCCGCCACCUCAGCUGCGGCUGCUCUGUGCAACCACCAGCCCUACGGCACGGCAGCGGCGGCCGCCGCCCUGACAGGCGCUGCCCAGCCCGCGCCUCUGCUGUGCUUCUCCCCUCCCAUGCCGGCCCCGGCCGCCGAGCAGGCCGCCUUCCCGCCGCCCCAGACGCAGCGCAAAGUGCUGCUGGACCUAAGCACAGGCCAGUGCUACGUGGUGGACACGCCAGUGCAGCAGCCGCCGCCACAGAAGCGGCGCCUCUUCGACCCCGAGACGGGGCAGUACGUGGAGGUGCCCUUGCCCGCCCAGCCGCCCGCGCCGCCGCCGGCCGUGGCCCCCAUUACGCUGCCCAUGUCCCCGCUGGCACUGGGCACGACGGCGGGACCCUACAGCGCCCCGGCCGCAGCCUACAUGUUCUACCCAGGCUUCCUGCCAGCCGUCUUGCCCGCCAGCACCUUGCAGGGCCAGCUCGCCCCGCAGCCCGGCAGCGAGCUGAGCGCCAGCGCCGCCGUCGCGUCGUCCAGCCCUGGGGCAGACAGUCCUUAUUACGUGCCCACGUGCAAUACCCAGCCGCCGCCGCAGCAGCCGCCGCCGCGGCCAGCUGCUCCCGGCGAGGGAAAGGCGCCGCUCAUCAGCAUCACCUCGCAGCCGCUGGGCCCCAGGAUCAUCGCGCCGCCCUCCUUCGACGGCACCACCAUGCGCUUCGUCGUGGAGCAUCGGUGA